AUGGGUGGUAAUGAAAAAACAGAACGGGUUGCAAUUAUUGAUGAGCCUGGUAUUAAUAUAAAUUAUAAUAUUGAUAGAGGUUGUCCACAGGGGUCAAGAUCUGGCCCAGGUUAUUGGAAUAUUAUGUACGAUUCAAUUUUUGAUAUUAAAUUUCCGGUAGGUUGUGAAGUUGUGUCUUUUGCUGAUGAUACAACUCUUUUGGUAAAAAGUAAACAAUAUAAAAAUAUUUCAAAAUUAGCGAAUAUCGCGGGUAAAGAAAUUUCUAAUAAGAUUGGUGCAGCAGCUAAAAUUUCUUGGGGGUUAAAUGGCAAAGCAGCAUCAGUUAUUUAUAAAGGUGCUGUUGAGCUAUGUAUGUUUUAUGCUGCGUCAAUUUGGGAAAACAAAAUUAAAGAUGUUAAAAGUAGGAACAAAUUAAUUAGUGUCCAGAGAGUGUUAGACUUGAAAGCAGCUAGGGCAUUUAGCACAGUAUCGAAUGAUGCUUUUGGUGUAUCAGGGCUUUUACCAGCAGAUGUGAGAUUCAAAGAAAUUGCACUUUGGCAAAAUUUGUAUAUUUUAAAUGAUCAGGAUCUACGGUUAUUUACUGGAGUAGAUAUUAACCAUGAUAAGAUAGAGAAGGAAGCUAAAUUCUUAACGGAUAUUCAUCCUGCGAAGCGAGAUAUUAUGGAUUUUAAGUCAAGGAAAAUUGUUUUGAAUAAAGGAAUCCAAUUAUUUACGGAUGGUGCUAAGAUUGGUGCUGCGUUUGCUGUUUUUUGUGAUGGUGUUGAAGUUUAUUUUGAAAAAAUUAAAUUAGGUGCGUUAUGUGAUAAUUAUCAUGCGGAAUUAUUGGCAGUGAAUAGUGCAAUUAAAUAUGUUAUUAAAGAAAAGAUAGAUAAGUGUGAAUUAUAUAGUGAUAGUAUUUCAGUUUUAAAAGGCCUAAAGAACAUGAAGAAACCAUCUAUUUUGCAUGAUUUCUUUUGGAUUAAGGGUCACUCUGGAAUCAAGGGUAAUGAAAGAGCGGAUCAGUUAGCUAAAGAAGCUUCGAUCUGCGAAGAUUUACAAAUUGAUUUAAAUGUGAUUUCUAAGAGAUCAGUGAAAAAUAGGAUUAGGAAAUUUAUGUUGAAAAAAUGGCAAGAUAGAUGGGAUAACUUAAUGACUGGGAGGUUGACUUAUCAGUUUAUACCUAGAGUUGGUAGGGUAGAUAGAUUUUUAAAACCCGAAACUGUAGAAUUAAUUACUGGUCAUGGCAAUUUUGAGGAGUAUUUAAAUAGAAUUGGAAAAUUUGAAUCUCCUUUGUGUUUGUGCGGUGUUGAAAGUGGAACUUCGAUGCAUGUUUUAUUUAGAUGCAAAAAUAAAUUUGAAGAGAGAUGUAGAUUACAGAAUAGAAUGUUGAUUAAAGGUAUGAGUAUUUAA